AUGGCCAAGAACAAGCCAAAGGCGAAUAACACUCGUGCAGCCCGGCGGGGCGCCUCCCCAAGUCUCGACUUGGAUAAGUCUUUGACCUCUUUACCUCGAGCCGAGUCUCCCACCGUCCAGCGUCCCUCCCUCUUAGUCGAUCGCGCAAAUGCUGGUGUUCAAAAGAAGAAGAGCAAUGGCAAGAAAAUAUCAAAAGCCCAGCGCUUGAGACAGCAGAAGGGCAUGGAAAGGGCCGAGGCGGUCCUAGACCAGCUGGAGAUUAAAAAAGCCAAGAGUAUCACCCGAGCAAAGUCCAUAAAAGAACGAAGGGGUGAUUGGGAAGAAAUGAACAAGAAAUCAACCGCGUUCGCCGCUCUCCAACAAACCCAGGAAGUCGACGACGACGAAGAUGAUGAUGAUGAUGAAAACGACGAUGCCAUGGCAACUGAGCAACUAGACCCCAGCAAUCCUAUGAUGGCCAGCAUUUUCGCGCCCCAGUCCACGAAUACGGUAUCCAACCCCGUCGCAGCCGCAUCUGCGCCCACGGACGAGUACGACGAAAUCACCUGA